AUGAGCUGCUGCCGCCGGCGAGCGCGAUGGAGGGGGGAAAGAGGGGGCGGCGAGACAACACCUGGCCGGGGUUUCCCCGCCCAGUGCAUCCCGAACACGUGGUUCUGCAUCAACCGAUCGGCGCUGACGUUCGUUCCGAUGGACUCCCCGCUCCCGAGGGAGUACCGGCCGAUUCACCGCCCGGCGGCCUCGGCGUUGGAAGGCCUCGGCACCGGCACCGUCUUCGGCGCAGUCUUGAGAGGUGGCACGCAGCAACUCAUAGCAGGUUUGGAGCUCGAAGUCGCUACCUUCGGCGGGGGGUGCUUCUGGCACGUGCGGGACGAUUUUUUGACCAUCCCCGGUGUCCACGAGGCCUCCUGCGGUUUCUGCUGUGAGGAUCACCCACACGCCCCCUUUUGA